GAAUGCUAACAAGGGGGAGAGAGAGAGAGUACAUGUCCACUGCGAGCGGAAAGGUGGGGGGUUCAACAGCGAGAUAUGGAGAAAUACAAUUAACCUGCAAUGUGCCAACGCCAAAUUCACGCCGAUCACAACCAUCCUCACCACCGAUCAUCAUCCUCAUCCUCACCGUCACCAACAGCGCGAGCGUCCUCGUCUUUUUUUCUCCUAAGUGAAAUGUAUCGGGACUGCAUGGGAUCUUUUUUCUGACAAUGGAGAUUGAGAAUAUCGUGGCCAACACCGUGCUGCUGAAGGCGAGGGAAGGAGGAGGAGGGAAACGGAACGGGCGGAGCAAGAAAUGGAAGGAGAUGCUCAAACUGCCUCAUAUCACCUUCUGUGAGGAACUCAGACGCACUAUCGAGAGGGAUUACACUAGCCUUUGUGAGAAGCAACCGAUUGGUCGUCAGUUGUUUCGGCAGUUCUGUGACACGCAGCCCAAAUUACGGCGGUGCAUAGAGUUCCUGGAUGCUGUGGCAAUGUAUCAGGUGGCUCCGGAUGAGAAGAGGAGAGACGUCGGUUUAAAUAUUUUAGACACAUAUUUUAAUAAUGGGUCGGCAGCUCAUCUACCAGAGAUCGCUCAGGAUGUGGUUGGGGAAUGCAGGCAGAAACUGGAACAGAGUCCCUGUAAAGAGCUCUUCCAGGAGUGUACCAGGAUAGUUCGUGAAUAUUUAAGUGGAGAGCCAUUCUCAGCAUAUCAAGAGACAAUGUACUUUUCCCGUUUUCUUCAGUGGAAGUGGUUGGAGAGGCAACCAGUUACCAAAAACACUUUCAGACACUACAGGGUAUUAGGCAAGGGCGGAUUUGGUGAGGUUUGCGCCUGCCAGGUUCGUGCCACUGGUAAGAUGUACGCCUGUAAAAAGCUGGAGAAGAAACGGGUGAAGAAAAGAAAAGGUGAAGCAAUGGCAUUAAAUGAAAAACGCAUUUUAGAAAAAGUUAACAGUAGUUUUGUAGUCAGUUUGGCAUAUGCAUAUGAGACUAAAGACGCUCUAUGUUUGGUGUUGACUAUAAUGAACGGUGGUGACCUGAAGUUUCAUAUCUAUAACAUGGGAAACUCUGGCUUUGAUGAACAGCGUGCCAUCUUUUAUGCAGCAGAGAUCUGCUGUGGCUUAGAGGACCUUCAUCGAGAGAGGAUCGUCUACAGAGACUUGAAGCCUGAGAAUAUUCUCCUUGAUGACCGCGGGCACAUCCGUAUUUCUGAUUUGGGACUGGCCGUCCAAAUACCAGAGGGUGAGACGAUACGAGGGCGAGUUGGCACGGUGGGAUACAUGGCGCCGGAGGUCAUUCAGAACGAGAGUUACACCUUCAGUCCUGACUGGUGGGGUUUGGGCUGCCUGAUAUACGAAAUGAUUCAGGGUCAGUCUCCCUUCCGACGCCGCAAAGAGCGCGUGAAGCGAGAGGAGGUGGACCGCCGUGUAUGCGAGGACCAGGAGGAGUACACUGAGAAGUUCUCUGAAGAUGCUAAAGAUAUCUGCCGACAGUUGUUAUGUAAAGAUCCAAAGGAGCGUUUGGGUUGUCGAGGUUGUGGAGCGGCUGAAGUCAAACUGCAUCCUAUUUUCCGAAACAUCAACUUCAAGCGAUUGGAGGCCAACAUGCUAGACCCUCCAUUCUGUCCUGAUCCACGCGCUGUGUAUUGCAAGGAUGUUCUGGACAUAGAGCAGUUUUCUACAGUAAAAGGUGUAAACCUGGACCCUACUGAUGAUGACUUCUACCACAAGUUUGUAACAGGAAGUGUCUCCAUCCCAUGGCAAAAUGAGAUGAUUGAGAUGGAGUGCUUUAAAGAGAUUAAUGUGUUCGAGAUGGAUGGAGCACUGUGUUCUGAUCUGGAUGUGAACAAGCCAAAUCCAGCUCCCAAGCGAGGAUUCUUCUACCGUUUAUUCCGCCGAGAGGCAAGUGCUAGCGUGCCGCCCGCCGCUGUCAGAGGGGGUGGGGCUUGAGGUUUGUUUUAGGAGUGCCAACAGUGAGGAGGAGGAGCCAUCUUGACUUAAAACCACUCCCACUUCCCAUCAGCUGCCAAUCAGAAUGCUAAACGUAUGAAUGUUCAACUGUAUUUAUGAACUGUAUUAAACUGUAUCAUAAUUAAAGAAAAGGGUAUGAGUUUAAAGAAUUUUGUACAUUUGUACUUGAAUUAUGUGUAGAUGUAUAUUUUCACUAAAGGUUGUAUUGUACAAAAAGCCAUAGAAAUACCACUUGAAUGCAUAUAUAAUGUUUUUAUUGUUAUUAUUUUUCAUCUGUACUGAAUAUGAAAUGUGUAUUUCUUUUUAAGCACAAUAUAAACACUCACUUUUAUUUUUUAACGCUAACCUCCUGUUAGCACUGCCUUUGUUUGUAUGUUAGAUUGUUUGGCUGAACAGAUUUGGUGCACUUGUUUUGUACAGUGGGGGGAGAUAAAUGAACAUAAAGAAAGGAGUUUAAAUGACCUAUUCAUCAUUAUUAAUUCUAGUGGUCAGCCAAAACGGGUUGAUGGCUGAUGUUCAAAUGCUUAAAAACUGUAUAGCCUACAUGUACAGUGGGGUCCAAAAGUCUGACAACACUAAGCAAAAUGCUUCCGCUUCGUGAAUUUCUAAUUCAGUGCAAUUUUUAAAAGCAAAUGAUAUGAUCAGCAUAACAAUCCGAGUUAAUGCUGAAUUGAAAACGAACAAUAUUAGAAUCUCUUAGUAUUUGUUCUGUCUGUCAAACCAAUUUUGCUCAUUUAGCUAGUAAACUACACACAAAAUGGCAUAGAAACUAUUUUUAUUCAGAAAUUGCACUUCAGUUUUUUUGAGUAUUCGAAAAAUAAUUUUUACGUUGUAGAGAUCUGACAUGCUUCAUGUUCAUUUUUCUGUUUUUACUCUUCUAAAGCAUUCUGUUUAUUUCUAGUUUUAAAUUGCCAUGUAGAAUCCUACGUUUUCAGUGUAGCCUCAGACUUAUGAACUCCACUGUAUAAUUCACAUUUUUAAAACAGAAAAUGUCUUUUGAAAAAAGCUGUUGGUGUAUUGUUGUACUGAUACAAGGAAGCGUUAACACUUACAGUGCUGAUCAUGGGAGUGUCAGUAGCGAGUGCCAAUAGCCUCAAAAUGACCAAAUGUUAAACAAAUGAAUUUAGCCUCAUUGAUAUAUCAGUCUAUUACUAGUCAUGACCAUUCACCCAUAGCUUCCAUGCAGUUCAUGCAGCUGUUACGAAGUGCAUGAAACAAGUAAUUCCUACAUCUUUGAUAUCUGUUCAUUAGAUGACUAAUAACUAUUUUGGUCAUGUGCAUAAACAAGACAAAAACACAUUUGUUCCAAUUUUGAAACUUCUGUAUAUGUUAAAUACUGUCAUAUCGAUGACAGGGAAACAAUCGGACAUAUUGCGCAAUUGCCCAACAGUUUACAGUGGCUAAUACUAACUCUGAUAUCUAGAGAGCAGGAUGGCUGAUGUAAUGCUGAUAUAUACGUAAAUAGUUCAUUUAAAGGAAUAAAUCACCCAAAAAAGUUUAAUUUGGUCACCCUCAUCCAGUUCACCCAAGAUGUAGCUCUUAAUCAGAACAGGUUUGAUAAAAUGUAGCAUUCUAUUACUUGCUUACAAAUGGAUCCUUUGCAGUGAAUGGGUGCCGUCAGACUGACAGCUAGCAGUCCUAACAGCUGAUGAAAACAUCACAAUAAUCAAGUGAAAAAGAUGUAAAAAAGAUUUCAACAAAAAAAAAAAAAAAAAAAAAAAAUAUAUAUAUAUAUAUAUAUAUAUAUAUAUUAUAUUGUAAGAGAGAAAUAUGCACAGAUUAAGCACCAUUUAAGAGUAAAAAAAUAAAUGACAGGACAACCGAGAAUGAGCAAUUUUACUAGAGGAAUUAUUAUUUUAUUAAGUGUUAAAGUAUUAAUAAUAAAGAAAAAAAUGUUUAAUGUUUAAAAACUCAUUUUGACAGCACCCAUUCACUGAUAGAAUGAUACAUUUCUCCAAAUCUGUUCCAAUAAAUAAACAAACUCAUCUAUGUGCUGGAUGGCCAGAGGGGGAGUAUAUUUUCAUGUUUUGGAUGAACCUUUAAUUAUAUCCUAAUACUCUAUAUUUACUCAAGAUCCACGUAAAACUUAAAUGACAAAAAUGUGAUAUUUUGUAAUGAAGCUUUUGUUAGAUUUUGGACCUGAUGCAGGAGAAUAAUAAUAAUAAAACUUUUAAGUGGCUAUAGUUAUGGAUGAUAAUGAUAAUCUCAAAAUGAGUAUUGUAUAAUGAAUCAAUUUUGUUGACUGAUAUCCACCACAUUCAGUUCAGCUUCCUGCCUCUGCUCUCAUGCUUACCUUUAGUGCCAUCAGGAAUCUUUACAGUGGUUUCAAGCAGGCCAAUGUAAACCACCUAAAUAAGCUUCACUUCAAAUUUGCUCACGACGGCUCUUAAACGAGCCGUUGAUUUUUGCCUUAGGUGUCUAUGUUCAGUUAAUAUUCCAAACGGAGUACUGAAUGAUCUGUUAAUGAUAAUCAUGUAAUGUAAUUAACCGUGCAAUCUCUUUAUCCUACACAUGCACAUUUUACCUUCCAUUUUUGAUUAGUUCGUUUUGCUUUUGUGUGCGUUUGUAAGCUGUUAUUUCAGUCACGACGGGGUAAUGCUUCCAUUCGGUGAUGGGGAUUAGUCUCAGAUGUAUCGUUCCUAAAUGUGUAGAAAAGAAAUUCCCAUUGAAAUGUCUUUUAUGUAGGGCAUUUUAUUUUGAUGCAGUUCUUUAAAGCAGAAAUGUCAUUUUUGAUCUAAUAUUUCUUUCUCUUGGCCCGUAGUAAUGCACAGAGACAAAAUACACAGUUCAUAUAAUAAUUCCGUCUCUGGCACGAUCAAAACGCUCCUGUCUGUUGGAGAAUCCCAACCAAUUGCAUGAGUCGGGGGGCGGGGUUAUGACAGUAAAGCCCAAAUAGGAAGCACUGUUUUACCUUUGACGGCUCCAUCAACCAUACUUGUUUCUAUUUUUAGGAGGAUCUUUAUGGUCCCUUUUGCAAAGCUGUGAAGUUAAACUCCUCUUUUGUUAUUCCCAUAUGUGUGCAUGUUCUACUGUAUCCAUGGUUUUACAAGAGGAAGAGCACUCACUUUAGUUGACAAUAAAAUUAUGAGUUGACAUAUGGCCAUUAAAAUGUACUUUUCAUUCUCUAUGAAAACUCGCCAGGAUUUUUUGUUUUUGAAGCUUGUAUAUUUGAAGAUUACACUGCCCGUGUUUUCUCCCUUGCGGUCACAUGUUUGAUUCAGUUAUUCUAUAUAUAGUGAUAAUAAAAUAAUUCAAUUUGAAAAAUGAUUCGAUUUGGAAUGAAUUAAAAGUAGUUUUGGUGUGUCAUGGUUUAACCAAACAUCCUGUGUAUUUUUUCAAUUUAGAGACUUUAGGACACAAGAAUUUAGGUUGACACGACUGGUCAAGCUUAUAGAAUUGACACAUUAUUUAAUCUAAUUCACAUAAGGGGAUGAAGUUUAAUUUAUCCUUUUUUAAUUAACAAUAGCCCAUCGCAAUUAUGUGUACAAAGUACCAUUAUUUCUUAAAAUAACUUUAAAAAUCCCCCCACCUCUGAUAAAGCAUUUGGCUUAAACAGUUUAGUCGAUGAAGCACUGACUAACUGCAAGCUUAAAGGAAUAGUUAAAAUGAAAAUUUGCUAUAAAUGUACUCAUCCUCGGGCCAUCCAUGUAGAUGUGUUUGUUUAUUGGAACAGAUUUGGAGAAAUUUCAUCAGUUGCUUAUCAAUGAAUACUCCGCAAUGGGUGCCGUCAGAAUGAUGAUUGAAUCACAACAAUAAUCCACACGACUCCAGUCCCUCAGUUAACGUCUUGUGACAUUUUAUAAAAAUCAAAUCUGAGAUCUUUAUAAUAAAUCUUCCUCUAGUGAAAAAGUGCAUCCCCUGUUGUCCUCUCACAUCAAAAUGUACACAAUGUACUUUUUUCAGGAUUCUGACAAACCCAUUCACUGCAGAGUAUCCAUCGGCGCACGAGUCAUGUAAUGCUGCAUUUCUCCAAAUGUAUUUAAAUGAAUGGCCAGAGUGUGAGUACAUUUUAAGAACAUUUCUGAGUGAACUACUUCUUUAAGUUGCAUGCCAUAAAAUGCAAACCUGUCAGAUACUGGAUGCCGUGUUGUUAAGAGUUUAUGAUGUACAGAUCUGUCGCUCAAAACAGUCUGGUGUUGUAUCAUCUAGAACUAUUAAAAUAUACACUGCCAUUUGUAUGAAA